AUGGGAGACGGCGCCCCGCAAGAUGCCCCGCAGCAGGAGUGGUGGGAGGCUUUCCCUGAGCCUAAAGCCGAAUGCCCUCGAACCGAUCCAGCCAUUAUCUCAAAACUCAUCGAAGUGAAUGCGGCUCUUGGAAAGAACGCCAAGAGAGAUUUUCUCUUGGUCGACGUUCGAAGAACAGACUGGGAGGGCGGCACCAUUGCUACAUCUAUCAACCUCCCCGCUCACACGUUCUAUCAGACCCGUCCUCAGGUCUAUCAACUGGUCAAACAGGCAGGCAUAAAGAGAAUUAUCUUUUAUUGUGGGAGCUGUGGUAGCAGAGGUCCACGAUGUGCUGGGUGGAUGCAGGACUACCUCGAUGAAGUUGAGGAGACUGAGAUCAAGGCCGAGAUUCUGGUCGGAGGUAUCAAGGGGUGGCAGAAGGCGUACGCUGGCCAGCUGAUGGACUUUUACGACGAAAAGGCCUGGGAAAAGAAGGAGUAG